AUGACGAGAAAUGUUUCCGGGGCUUUAACGAAAUACGCUGGCAAACUUCGUGAUGUUUCUGUCGAUAAUGAAACGAAGCUACGGAUACUCAUGAAACUCGAUCGAGUUUCGGUUGAACUUGGUCUGAUUUCGGAUACUGGAAUAGGACGGGCUGUUAGAAGCCUUUCAUCUGAACAGAAUGAAAUCGGGAAACUGGCUAGAAAUCUCGUCAGCAAAUGGAGAAGUCUCCUUAAAGAGCAUAUAGGCAAAACCCAGACUUCUGAUUCGGCUAUCGAUCCGAGUGUAGAAAACGAAAGGCGAGAGUUUCCUUCAAAGAAAACUUCGAUUGCUUCGAAACCCUUGGAUGCAAACAAACCAGAACUUUCCAAGCCUCCUCAAUCACCGGUAGCCAGAUCUUUAAAACGGAGCAGUUCUAUUUCCUCUCCUUCUUUGGACUCAUCAUCUGGACUUUCUUUUGAAGCAGCUCUAAGUUUGUCUGUUCCCGUCAAAAAGAAACCAAAACGGUCAAAAUUACCAGCAACAUCAGCUACACCUUCAAACACGAACAACAAUGGAAAAAAUAGUAAAGAAUCUGACACACAAAAUCCCGGUCAAUCUUUUACGGAAGAAAUUCUUAAAUCCCUUGCUGAUCCCUUUGAACGUCCCGAUGUACAGCCUGCUCCUCAGCGAUCUUCAGAACCUUGCACUUCCUUUGUUAACCUUGACGAUGAUGGUGACUUGAAAUUCCGCUCCAAAAAAGUCAUUUGGGCACCUCGGAUUAAUCGACAAAAUGCCAAAGCACAAGAGUCCCUGACUGCUGAUGUAAGCCAUCGAUCUUCACCCCCAAAACUCCUUGACCUCUGUGUCACGGCACUCUCUAAGAAUGUAUCAAUGAUUGAUCAUGUUGGCCUAGUUCCCUAUGAAAUCUUUGCACCUGUUCUUAAAGAUGCUUCUACUGAUGAUCUCUAUCGGAUCGAGAAGUGUAAUCCGCACGAAUAA